GGUAGCAAUAACCUCCGCGGCUGUUCCUCCCUGCGGCUCGGAGCCCGCGGCUCCCCUGGCUCCCCUGGCUCCCAAAGAGCAUCUCGCGGGGCGGCUCUGGCCGGCGCCAGCCCUCGGGCCGGGCCGGAUGACCAGGCGACUGUAACCACUCGCCGCCGUCUCCCGGCCCGGCGCACCGCUGCCCGCGCGCGAGUCGCCCCAGGACCCAGCACAGAACUUUCCUGGAAUCAAGUUGUUCUUCAUUUGGUAUUCUUCAAUCUACAAGGAUUUGGCACUCAGUUAAUUAUGUGAGUAGGAAAUACGAAGGAGACCAGGAUGACUGAGCUGUUCUAGAUUUAAAGGUUGAAGAAAUAUGGAUACCAACACCAUAUUGGUCAUCAGCGCUGGUUUUACCAGCUUUUUCACCUUUCAGCUUCUUUUCCACUUUGUAAGUUAUUGGUUUUCAGCAAAAGUUUCUCCAGGUUUUAAUAAUCUCAACUUCGAAAAGAAGAUUGAAUGGAACUCAAGGGUAGUGUCUACGUGUCAUUCUUUGGUGGUUGGGGUUAUUGGCUUGUACAUUUUCUUGUUUGAUGAGGCUACUAUUGCUGAUCCACUUUGGGGUGAUCCAUCUCUUGUGAAAGUGAAUAUUGCUAUUGCUUCAGGCUACCUCAUUUCUGAUUUGUUGAUUCUCAUUUGGUAUUGGAAAGUGAUUGGUGACAAGUAUUUUAUAAUUCACCAUUGUACAGCGCUGUAUGCAUACUACUUUGUACUGAGGGAUGGAGUGCUGGGAUACAUUGGGAAUUUUCGCCUCCUUGCAGAACUUUCCAGCCCUUUUGUGAAUCAGCGGUGGUUCUUUGAGGCUCUGAAGUAUCCUAAGUUUUCCAAGGCUAAUGUCAUCAAUGGAAUACUCAUGACUGUGGUGUUCUUCAUAGUGCGGAUUGCCUCAAUACCUCCUUUUUAUGCCUACAUUUACUCUGUGUUAGGAACAGAAGCCUACCUGAGGCUUGGAUUUUUAAUUCAGUGUUCCUGGAUCUCUACUUGUGUUGUUUUGGAUGUAAUGAAUGUCAUGUGGAUGAUCAAAAUUUCAAAGGGAUGCAUCAAAGUCAUCUCUCUCAUAAGACAAGAGAAAGUCAAAAAGAGUCUUCAGAAUGGAAAACUUGACUAAAAGUGGGCUAUUGAUAAGCAUACUUCAUUACUACCCACAUUAUAUCUUCUGAUAGGUUGAAUUCUUGGCAUGUUCUUGUGCUUCUUUAUUAACUAUACUUGUUAUUCUCGGUUUCAAUGUCCUUUUUUUCCUAACUGUUAGAAAAGAGAAACUAAAAUUUAGUUUUUAUCUGAAGAUUUAUUUUCUGAUAUUCUUCUGCAUUAUAAGCAUGGAUAAAAUCUUAAAGGUUUAAAUAAAAAUGUAUAAAUAUGGUGGUGAAUCUUUUUAGAAAUCUGUUAACCGGAAUUGGUAUAUUUCUCUGUGAAAACAUGACUAUGCUAAUUUGGUGCACUUGGUUUUAUGUCACCGAUUUUGCUGAAAGGACCGGAACUGCUUUUAAAUCUGUAGAUAGCUCUCCACAUUUUGUUGUAUUGCACUCAUUUCUUACUAUGGCUGUCAAUACCUGUGCAGUGUUUAAUUUCCAAAUUGUUGAAAUGUUCUUUUUCUUAGGCUAUUAGAAGUGAUGUCUUUUUCAUUUAGAUAUGCUGUCAUCUACUAUUAAUGAAGUAUUUUGCUUAUUUGGGGAAUCUUUAAUUAGUUAAGUUAUGGAAAAUAUUUCUUGCAUUUUCAGAUUUUUCUGACAUCACUUUAUUAUUUCUAUUUUUAACAUUUUAUCGAAUUAUUGCUUUUUUUCUUUUGUAGUAAAGCUUAAGACCGAUCUAAUAGAGCUCCUUAAGAGAUGAAUUCUUCCUUCUAAACAUGCAUGUUCUAGAUGACUAUUUGGGCUAAUAGGAGGAAUCAUUAAGAAGAAAGCUUUAACACUGCUGUCUCUAUCUGCGUCCCUUGCACUUUUUCUAUGAAAAAUAUAUUAUUUCUAUUUGCAAAACCUCCCCUGAGUUCAGAACCCAACAUCAUUAGCACCAAAAUCUUAUGCAAUAUGUAUUUAUCAUGCUCCUAAGGUAGGCCUCUUCUUGAUGAGACCAAAACUACAAAAAAAAAAUCAGUAUUCAUAUUUUACUCAUAAUUUACACCCAUGCUUUUGCUUAAAUAGCACUUUGAGUGCUUUGAAUUUGUGCCUUUCCUAAAGGAUAGGAAAACAAUAGAUAAUUUAAUCCAAGCAUUCUGAUUAUCAAUAUUAUUGCUUUAUCUGAGGAUAAAUGACUGGUGACUUAUAUUUUCUGUUUGUAUGUGUGGGUAUGUUUGUGUUUGCUUUGGUCCUUACAACCCAAAUAUAGAAUUAUAUAGUUAGCUAUUAUUGCCUUUAUUUAUUUUUCUCAAGUACUUUAAUGAUCAUUCUUACCUAAGGAAAAAAAUUAAUCAGCAGUAAAUACUUGAAUUUAGUUGAACCCAAACCAAAAGAUCUAAUUCAUUCAGUUUCUCAGUUUGAAGGAGAAUGUGUGACUUACUCUUAUUGUCCAUGUUAUGAUGAUGAAGCGAGGCUAGCUGGAUAUUUCAGGACUUUUGAUUUGAUGUGAUUUGAUUGACUUGGCUGUCCAAUGCAGAUAGGGCCUGAUACAUUGUAGAACAUUUGAAGAAGGUAAUUGAGAUCUCAGUCAGUAACUAAAUGAAAAAUUGAAAUUAAUCAGCUUAUACCAGGUACACUUAUUUUUGAAAGACUUAAUUAAAGUUAUAUAAAAUAUAGGUAUUUGUUUUUAAAUCUGCUAAUAUUACAUUGAUAAUUUGUUACUAAAUUUAGUGCCUUCUACACAUAGGCACUUAAACAUGUAUUGGUUGUUUAGCAGGGGUAGGAAAGCACGUGGUUUUAUCUUGUUCUUUUCUUGCUCUUUUGCAAGAAAAAUGGCUUUUUAAAACAAAAACAUUUAUAUUAGAAAACUAUUUUGGAAAUUCAUUCCUUUAGGAAGAAACAUAACUUGAAAUAAAUAUUUUUGACUUUGGAUAUUUCUGUAGCUUCUGAACACAGAUUUUAAACCCACCAUCAAAAGGAAGACAAUAUAAAGCUAUAUAUUAGUGAGUUUCCAUAUAGCAAUUUCCAUUUUUAUAGUUAUUUCAUGCUUGCAACUUCAUUUUUACUUUCACCAACAGCACCUUUCUGCAGUAUAACCCCUCACUAAGUAAGUGUAAUUAGAAUAUCAAUGUGUUGAACUAGUUUGUUAUUCCCUUAGUCAGCAAUUCUUAUUUUAUGCUGGCUGCGCGAUAGUUAAUUUAAUAUCCAGAUUCAAUAUCCAAAAGUAGAUUCUAUGCAUUUCCUCAUAAAACAGACAUGAAAUGAAAAAGACACUGCAAGAUGCCAUGCUACUUGAAGUCAGAUCUUUACAGGAGCUAUACUUUGCUGUUCUGUGAUUGUAUCCACCUACGAAAGAUACAAGUAGUUAAAGACAGAACAUUUCAUUUAUUAAAUGAUGAAUUUUUCAUUUAUUAAAUGACAAACUUUUGCUAGACAUUUUAUGUAUUAAAUAUUUUGACUACAUGGAUUAAUUUAAAUGAUUCUAUUAGGCAUUCUGAUAUUUAACAACUGUUAAAAUAUUUAUAGAAAAUGAAAGCAAAUUGGUAUAAAUUUUUAAGCAACUCUAUUUUUGUAGAAAAAGAUUAGUGACAACCUGUAGCUAUAAAGAUGUUCUCUGAACGUGUAGUGUUCUAGAAAAUAAAAAUUCUUACAAAAUUUUGAAAAUGAAUGAAAAUCAACUAAAUAACAUGCAAGAUCAUAGACUCUGCAUUAGAUAUUUUAUUUGGGAGAAUUUUGAAAUUAUGAGCUUGAGUUUAUAGUGUCUGCAUUAUUGUGCCUAAAAUAUUUUUAAUGAAUAUUAUUUGCAUUUAUUUAAAACAAUAUGGAGUUAUAUCUGAAUGCAAAGAAGUGAACUCCUGCUUAAAUUGUCUUGAUACAUCAUAGUAAGUUGAAAUGUAAUUUUUAUUCCAACUGUUCAUUUUGGUAUUUCAUGGAUUAGCCCUAUGUUAAGAGAAAUAAUAAUGUCUUCACCAUUCCUAAGAGUGACUGAUAUACUGUGGAUGACGCAGUACUGUUGUAAAGGACUAGUUAUAGAAACUACCUAGUUUAUAGGUGUUUGAAUCAAAUUCUUUUCUAAAUUUUAAUAACCUAUUUGACUCAAAUCAAAAUUUUGCUAAAAGUAUCAUUUUUUAAAUUGUAUGCUUUCUGUGAGGUGCAUUGGGCAUUUGGAGAAUGGUUCUUCCCUUUAUUGUUGGUUACACCAGUUGUUAUCAUGUAUUUAGAAAUAUUCUUCUCAUGGAGAUAUACAGGGGAAAAAUGUGUUGUAAUAUUCAUGUUUGUUCUGCUUCAUUUUCAAGGAAAAUAAACAUGUUCCAAAAGACACUAUUAAAAUAAGUGUUGGAACAAAUUUCAGUUUCUAGGUUACUCUUCACUCCAAAUAUGUAAAUAUACAUUUGAAUUGGCUUUAAGUGGUUUAAUCUGUUGGAUGAAAUUGAAAAGUCCAUGUCAUUGUUGACAUCGUCAAUUAUACUUCACAGAAGACUAUGUAUUUAUGUGUUUUGGAUUCCAUAAGAAGCAAACUGGUAUAAUUUUAUCAGAAGUGUGGUGCAGUAUGUCUCAACAGGUACAGACCAGCACAGCAGCGAGACCCCUCCUGUGCUGAGAGGCCUGGGGCACACACACACCUUCCCAGCCUUAACCACAGCUGGUUGACAAUAGACACACUAAACCUACUGAAGGUGAAUUCUGACAUGAAAAACACGUGUGAUAUGUGUGAGAACAAGGCAAAGCCAGCAGGACCUGGGGUUGGAGGAGACAGCAUGACUGAUUUGCCCUUAAAAGCCAUGAUGCUCCUCCUUCAAUCCAGAAGUUUUCUCUCUCAAUCCUUUGAGCCUUCCAUCUCUUCCUCCUAAUACCCUAAAGACUUCAUCAGCACCUCCCUCCAUUAUACUAACAACUUUCUAUGUCAACUUUUGAGACCUCCCCAUACCUGUAAGCUUCCCAGUCUAUUGUGGCAAAUUUAAAAGUUCACAAGUAUGUUCUUUCAUUGAAAAAAAACCCCAAAAAACAUUGCAGUAAGUUUCAGUAGUGAACAGACAAACCAUAAUUGAUUAAGAGGCUAUAGGAAGCCACUUAACAUUUAAUAAUACUUACUUACAACACCAAGCAAAGCUUAUAAUGUUAUGGUUUUAUUGAGAAACAUCCGUAGUCUCUUUCUUAAACUGGCUUAGCAAUAAGUGCUUUAUAACAUGUUUCAACUGGGGAUUCACUGCAAGCAUGUAAAUUAUGUAAAUGUUCUUCCUCAAACCUUCUGACAGGCAGAGGAGGAACCGAGGUAGCUUUGUGUUAUGAGGAGGGUGUGCUAGCCUGUGGCGGCAUUACUAAGUCCUGCUCUUUAAUCAAGCAAACUUAGUUAUGGUCCUGUUUCUUUUAAAAACAAGCUUACAGCGAGUGCAUUGCUCACGGUGUUUUCCAAAGUACAACACGCAAGGAUUUGUGCCCUGUCCCUUUUUAGCCCAGACCUCUUAACUAUCUCUGUUAGCUUUGAUAAGGUCAUACCUUUCUUUGGAAGAUAUUCUGGGUGGCCGUGAAGCUAAAGAUUGGUUUGUUUGCAUUGAAAAUGUUUACACUGAUUCCCUCUAAGCAGUAGACAGUUUUGAAAUCAGGCCCGAUAUUUAAGACCCAAAAAAAAAAAAGAAAUUUCUUCUAAAUCUCAAAGAUAUAAAUAAAUACCUCUGGCUGAAAACUCAUUAUUAUCUGUAUGUUUUUCCUUUAUAUCUUUAUGUAAUUCUUUCUGUAAUUAAGUGUGCAUUAAGGUAUUUGCUACUUCUUGGUUAAUGAAGCAUAAAAAUAUAACUAAAUAAAAUAUGCUGUAUAUUUUUCUGUUUCUUGCUUGGUUUGCUUCUAAUAUGAUUAUGUCUACUUUUUACUCAAGGAAUUUUUGCAUAGAUAAUACUCUUACUAACUUGUAACUGGGAUGAGUUAUGAGAUUUGGGGGUAAUUAUUUGAUUUUGUAAUAAUAACUUUUAGACAUAGAUUUAAUUUGAAAAAGUUACUUGAAAACUGAAGUAAAUGUGACAGCUAUAGUGAUACACAAUUUUUCUCUGAGAAUAUAUCACAUUAAUAUUUAAUUGUCAAAGAUUUCAGAAGUCUUUCAAAAUACAUUUAGUAACUUUGAGAACACACUUUCUAAUGUAUUUCCAUAAGGCUGAAGAACUUUUUAUUUACAGAAUGUAAGACUUGGUAAUUUACAAAUCAGUGUUACUCAGAUUUAUCGGAUAUUAAAAUAGCAACUUAAUAUUCUUGUUUUGUUUCUGGUUGUGCUUUGGAGGGAUUAGUAGACAUCUUUAGGUAUUUCCCUUAAAAAUUUGAAAUGUUUGUAUACUUUGUAUGUGUGCCAUUUUAAAGUAUAUGCAAGUUCUAAGCAAUAAUCUGCAUAUUAUACAAGGUUGGCAUUACUUUGUCAUGACAAUUUUAUUAUUUUAAGAAUGUAUAAAAUCAAUAUCCUAUAUAUAAAUCACUCCAACCCCCCCCCCAUGAAAACACUGGGAUUUUCUUGUGUUAGAACACUACUAUAAUGUGGUGCAAAGCUUUGUAUUUUGUGAAAAAAAUAAAAUCAC